UGGAAUCAAACAAAACAAAACACACUGCUCACUGCACACUGCUCUCUGCCCUCUGCACUCUCUCUCACAUUUAUUGCAUUUUUGUUUAUUUUUCACUCUUCUCUUCGGCUCUCUCCGAGCUUAGGGUUUCUCUUUCCCUCUGUUUCGGCUUCUGGGGUGCCUUUCCUCGUAUGUUGUCACAUUGAUCUUCAUAUCAACUUUCCCAAAUCCUCAGAAGUUGAAUGUGGGUGAUAACCACGGAGAGAAGUUGCCCUGUCGGUAGCUCUGAUCUCUGUUAUUGCUCAAUGCAUUCCUAGUUUUCUGCCAAAGGAGAGACAUUUCUACGGUGCCAUAUGCUGGUUUGGCCAUUUCAUCGCUGAUGUCUUGUCUUGGAACUUGGUACGGAAUCUAGGAGGUUUUGCCUUUACAACAAGCUAAAUAAAGGUUAUUUUCUUCCGCAUAAGUUCUGCUGCGCUUUGUUGCUGAUUGUCGCAGAGCUAAACUACUAUUUCUUGGUCUGUUUAGGAAAGUAAGGUGAUAAAGCAUGGAGUUUCUGAAAAUGAAGAAGUUCAGAAAAUCUCCGAAAGCGGAUGGUGAAAAGAAUUUGUCAGACAAGGCAGUGGCUGAGCCCGAGGAACCGAAGCUCAACGCUGACGGUCCUGAUCAGUCUAAAUCGGGAAAUGCGGAUUCUGCUGGUGAAGCCGAGGAUGACGAUGAUUUUAUUACAAAUGAGGUUAAGAGAAGGUUGAAAGAAUUGAGAAGAAACAGUUUUAUGGUGUUGAUUCCUGAAGAAGAUUCCUGCCCGGAGGAAGGGGAGGAUGAAGAGGAAGAGGGAGAGACAAGCUCAAAUGAAUGGAGGGAUGUGGAGGCAGAAGGUCAGCAAUGGUGGCGUGGUUUCGAUGCUGUAUUUGAAAAAUACUGUGAAAGAAUGCUAUUAUUUGAUCGGAUGAGCACUCAACAACUUAGAGAAGCUGGCAAAGGUUCACAGCAUACUUCAACUCCAUCUCCAAGAUCUGCAUCAAAAAAGUUGGCUUCUCCCCUUCGUUGUCUUUCCUUGAAAAAAUUUGAAGAACCUGAUGAUGAGACUGAACAUCUUCAACAGCCGGAGAAUGAUCCCUACCAGGAUAUUGAAACAGCAUAUGUAGGUCAAAUUUGCUUGACUUGGGAGGCACUUCAUUGUCAGUAUUCUCAUAUGAGUCAGAAGAUAUCUUGGCAACAUGAUAAUCCUACCUGUUACAACCACAGUGCACAAGAGUUUCAACAGUUCCAAGUUUUAUUACAAAGGUUUAUAGAAAAUGAACCUUUUGAGCAUGGCCGUAGAGCUGAAAUAUAUGCUCGCACUAGGAACAAACUGCCUAAACUGCUUCAAGUUCCUAAUAUACGAGGCUCAGAUCAUGAAUUAACUGAUGAUUCGGAGAUAAGAGUUCUUGCUCCUGAUCUGAUCAGGAUAAUUGAAAGCUCUAUCCUUACAUUCCAUCUUUUCCUGAAAAGGGACAAGAAAAAGUCUAGUGGUACAACCAACCUGUUUGGAAAUCACAACCAGCUAGCAACUCCUCUACACCAGAUUCAGUCAACUCUUGAAAAGAAAGUAGUGAAGCUGAAGGAACUGAGAAGAAAGAAAAAAGGUUGGAAGAAGAAUUGUUGGCCACUAAAGCAUGAGGACAUUCAGCUUUUGCUUGGGCUUGUUGACGUGAAGAUGGUAUCAAGGGUUCUGAGAAUGACUAGGAUGAGCAGGGAGCAACUGUUUUGGUGUGAAGAAAAGAUGAAAAAACUGGAUUUAUCAAGUGGUAGGUUAGAGAGGGAUCCAUGCCCCAUCUUGUUCCCUUGCUAGGUUCGGAUCAGUGUCAAUGUACUUUAGUUCUUUCUUUCUCCUUGGAUCGAUGAUUGUUGCCAACACAAAAAGUCAUCAAAUGGGCUUCUAGGAUCUGUGAUGACAAUGAGAGAGCAAGAAUGAAUGGUUUUCUGUCUGUUAUCUAAAAUGUAUGUAUGUGCGUACUCUUGUUCUGUCAAAAUUCUGAGUUUCCAAGUUGCUGUAACUCCCAAUAUAACAACAAACAUAGUUGUCACUGA